ACGGCAAGUGGUGACUAAAGUGGGCCACGUGGCACCGUGAAUAAGGUCUGUUAACACCUGUCUGUUAAGCGUGACAGAAUAUAACUUUUGUUUUAGUUUCUUAAAAAUUUUUGGUCGGCCACGUAAAUUAAUACUAAAUACCAUGACAGCGACGAGCAUCUGUUGAAAACAAUCAAACUACUAAUCGGGUCCUUCGAAAAGUCAUUCGGGGACAUAUUAUGGACAUAUCAAAAUAAGUCCGCGUGUUCCAUAAUUGAAAUAUUAGCCGAAAAGAUUAAAAUGCCAGCUGGGGUUUUUUGUUGCGGACAUCCGAGGACAUGACCCGAGAGCGUCACCUUAUCUGGCGCACGUCUGCCCGCUUCUCAUUAACAUAACUAUGCAGCCGCACAACGGGGGGCCUCGGCGCUUCAAUCAAACGCCCCUCCUCUCUGUGGGGGGAGAGAGAUAUUACAGGUGAGCAGCCCGACACGGCCGAAGUAGGCCGCAAACAGCCAUGAGGCCGACCGAGACUCCUCUGGCGCUGCUCGCGGCCGCGUGUCUCCUCGGCACGUGCGCGCUCCCCCGCGCGGAGGAGACGAGGAGCCGGGAGCGGCUCUUCCUCGGCUCCAUGGGGCUCUCCGAGCGGCCUCGGCCCGCGGCGAACCGGCUGCCCCGGCGUGACGUCCCCUCCGAGAUCUGGAGGAUGUUCCGGAGGUCCGAGAGCAACCGCGCCCGGGAGAGCGACCCCUGCACGGUGUCCGAGUACGGGGUGCGCGGCAACAUCAUCCGCUACGUGCAAGACCAAGGCGCGCUGGUAUCUGGCUGGAGCGGCAGCUGUCCGGCCUGCCUGGAGAAGCCGCUUUACUUCAACUUGUCCGUCCUGCAGCCCGUGGAGCUGCUGUCUCUGGCUCAGCUGGAGAUCAAGUUCCACUGGAAGCUCCUGCAGGGGCCCCGGGCCCUCAGCAUGACUCUGUACAAAGUGAUCCGGGCCACGCUGAGGGGAGCCGACCCCAAGGCCAGCCGCAGGCUCGUGCUGUCUCAGUCGGUCCCCGUGCAUCCCGAACCCACCUCCGUCACCAUGGACCUCACCCCGCUGGCGGAGAGCUGGCGCAAACCGGGACGCAACUACGGCCUGCUGCUGGAGCUGCUGCCCCUCGCCGGCGAUGCGGGGGAGGAGCUGCUGCCCUUCCGCCCCGGGAACGCCCUCCCGUUGGAGCCGGCCUUCACCCUGCCGCUGAUCCGGGCCUCGCUGGUGGCCGUGUCCCUCAACCCCCACCAGUGUCGCUCCCGGCAGCGGCGGAGCGCCGUCCACCUGCCCGUGACGCCCAGCAACGUGUGCCGGGCCCGCCGCCUCUACAUCGACUUCAAGGACGUGGGCUGGCAGGACUGGAUCAUCGCGCCUCAGGGCUACUUGGCCAACUACUGCCACGGCGAGUGCCCGUUCCCGCUGAGCGAGAGCCUCAACGGCACCAACCACGCCAUCCUGCAGACCCUGGUGCACUCCCUGGACCCGCACGUCACGCCGCAGCCGUGCUGCGUGCCCGUCCGCCUCUCGCCCAUCUCCAUGCUCUACUACGACAACAACGACAACGUGGUGCUUCGCCACUACCAGGACAUGGUGGUGGACGAGUGCGGGUGUCGGUGACGUUGGUCGGACGUUUUCUGACCAGCGAAUAUUCGUCGGUUCCAUUUUUUUUUUUUUUUUUCUUAGUUUUUUUUCAUAAGAAUUUAAAUGUGAGUAACUUGUAUUCUGAUAUUUGAAAGAAUUUAACAUAAAUAAACAAUAAAGCUAAACUGGA